UCUUCUCCAUCGAGCUCGUCCAAACCCUAACAAUGGCGUCGAUCCACUCCUCUCUUCUCCUCCUCUUCUCCGUUGUCCUCCUCCUUCCCUCCAUCUCCGCCAAAAAACCCCUCAAAGAAAAGCUCAGCCAUCUCCACUUCUACUUCCACGACAUCGUCAGCGGCCGCAACCCCACCGCGAUCCCCAUCACACCCCCCAACUCCUCAUCCUUCACCUCCUUCGGCAUGGUCACCAUCAUGGACGAUCUCCUCACCACCGGCCCCGAACUCAAUUCCACCGUCAUCGGCCGAGCUCAGGGCUUCUACGCCGCCGCCGCCCAAUCCGAGCUUGGAUUCCUCCAGGCCAUGAACCUCCAUUUCAGCUCCGGGAAAUACAAUGGCAGUGUCCUGACCGUGCUCGGCCGCAACGCCCCGCUUCACAACGUCCGAGAGAUGCCCGUCGUCGGCGGCUCCGGGCUUUUCCGGUUCGCUCGCGGCUACGCCCUCGCCCACACUCACUGGAUUGAUUUGACCUCCGGCGAUGCCAUCGUUGAGUAUAAUGUUUAUGUCUUGCAUUUCUAAUUUUUUUUUUAAUUUUCGUUGGUUUUUUUUCUUUUUUUUUUGGAGUGAGUGGGUGCGUUGUCGUGUGUCAUGUCCACUGAAUAAACAAUGGUUAAUAUA